CUGACCUCAGUGACACAGAAGUUUCUGGGUAGGGGCUGGAGUCGGGUCGGGGAGGUGUUUCCAUUAGGGCGUCGCUGAAACACAGACUAGGAUCCGGCUGAGCUCAUAGCCCUGGGAUCUCCAGCACCCUGCCGGUGGCACUACUGGGAGACGAGGUGCCAGGGCGGUUCCCGAAAGUGCCUGAGCCCCAACUUAUGAGCAAGGAGCUCAUCAUGCUGACAGAGGUCAUGGAGGUCUGGCAUGGCUUAGUGAUUGCGGUGGUGUCCCUCUUGCUACAGGCCUGCCUCCUCAUCGUCAUCAACUACCUGCUCAGCAGGCAAAUUGUCCACCAGAGUGAACAGAUACUGAAAGCGGCCAGGCUUCAGGUCCCCAGGCCCAGCCCUGCCCACCAUCAUCCACCUGCUGCCAAAGAGAUGAAGGAGACUCAGACAGAAAGAGACAUUCCAAUGUCUGAUCCCUUUUACAGGAAUGGCAACGACACAUCCUCAGAUAGCUCAGACAGCUCCUGCAGUUCGCCUCCCGCCUGCCAGGACACCGAGGAUGUGGAUUACACACAAGUCAUCUUUUCAGCCCCUGAAGAACUAAAAAAUGACUCCACCCUGGACUAUGAGAACAUAAAGGAAAUCACAGAUUAUGUCAAUGUCAAUCCAGAAAGCCACAGUCCCAAUUUCUGGUAUUUUGUCAACCCUGCUCUGUCUGAACCAGCAGAAUAUAAUCAAGUGACCAUAUAAAUUCCAGAUAUUUUUAAUGGAGUCCAGUUCUCUACAGAUUCUUACAUUUAAUUUGUAGGGAAAUGCCAUUUUUCCCCCCUUAAACAAGGCAUAGAGCUCACAAGUCUAUGGAAACAGGCCAAAAAGAAUGUGGAGAAGAAAACUGACAAACACACAGAGGUCCCCAAGACCCAUGGACUCCUGGUCUGUACCCAAUAAAGGCUGUUUAUUCCUCAAAAACAAAAACAAGACUUGGGUGUGAAAACAGGCCUAUGCCCCGGCAAGAAAGAUUCAGAUCAGAUGUUAGGAAGAACUUUCAGGUAAAGUAUGAGAACCAUGGAGUCCAUUAGCAGAGACAGUGGUGAAGUCUCUCCCCAGGGAAAAUUUUAAAAAGGUUUAAUCAGCUGUUGUAGAGUUCUACUUGGCAAUCUCAUGGUUAAAUGACUUCUCUUUGAGCUCUUUAAUUAUUGGCAAUAAACAACUUCUUUAAAAGUUUUAAAUAAAAUAGCAACCACCACCAGUUCUUCUUU